AUGUCGGACCAGCGCCACCAGCAGCAGCUCGAACAGCUCUUCAACGGCAUGGAGCUCGGCGACACACGGUCCCGUCCAUCUUCGAGCUCCUCGCGCCGUUCAGGAGCUGACCGAUCCGCAAACCGCUCAGACGAGCGCAACGACAGCCCAACCGAUACCGAGGCACCCGCGGCGCGACCAGAUGCUCGCCCCAGCAUGGAGCAGCCAGAGUCAGAAACGCCCUCGGCCUUCGCCAUCAUGCUGGCAGGCAACCGGGCUCCCCGCCCUAGGCCGCUGCAGUUCUCGCACGUGCUUCGACGGGAUCGGCGCCUCGACGCCGCCGCUUCAGCUGUCAACGAGCACCACCAGACUCCGGCUGGGGACCACGGCAAUGGCAGCAAUGCCGAGCCGACCGAGGAGCUCGACGACGACAUCAUCCUACCCUACAUGGACCCGAGCCAGCCACGCACGCCCUGGAGCCCCCAUACGCCUCGAACGCCUUGGAGCCCGCAGCCGCCUCGCGGACCCAUGCCGCCUUUGUCCUACAUGUCGGCGAUGCCGACGAUGCCACACACGCCCAUGACGCCCGCCACGCCCCUUCCCGGCUACGGCAGCCGCACGCCCGCGGACUCGACCGACGUCUCGGGCGAGUCGACGCCGCACAAGGUGUCGUUCUCCAAGGACGACUACAAGGCGCCCGACGAGAUCAAGCGCGCCUCGCUCCGCCUCAGUCCUGGGAAAGCGUCGCGCCUGUCCAAGUACCGCGAGCUGGUGGGCGAAAAGCCCGACGACAAGUUCACCGUGUACAAAAAGGUGCGGCAGGCUUCGAGCGCAAGCGAGGUCGUCGAUGUGGAGCCAAAGUCGCCGAUGGACGGCGUGUUUGUGGUGCCCGCCUCGCCCAGGUCGAGUCGUUUCAAGCUGCCCAAGCUGCCGAAGAUGCCGGCGCUGCCCAAGCUGCGCAUCGGCCCGCUGCCCGAGAUGCCCGCGCUCGAGCUGGGCCUGCUGUCGAGAAUAAACCCGUUCCUCUCGAGCAAGAAGCGCGAACGCCACCUCGACGGCCUGAGGCUGCUGGCGGCGGUGCUGGUGCUCUCUUCGACCGUGGUCGGCAGCGUGCCGAGUGACUCGAAGCUCUCGCGUACCCUCCUCUACCCGAUCAGGUCCGAUUUCGGCCUGAUCCUGUUCUUUGUGCUCUGCGGACGAACCGUCGGCCUGCCGUGGAUCAAGCCGCGCGCGCUUCCUCCCAGGUCGCCGCCGCCACCAGUGCUAGACGCCAAGGCCGGGAAGAAGGGCGAAAAGAGACACGACCAGGACAAAGAACAAGACCCGAAGCAAGAGCAAGGAGGGGAACAAGAGCAGCGCUACGAAGCGCCGCCGGUCAUCCCGGCCAAGGUGCACUACUCGACCGAGCCCAUGUUCCAGACGAUGGGCAAGUCGAUCGUCUCGCGGCCGUUCCGCUUCCUGCUGCCCGCGCUCAUCGUCUCUGCGAUCCAGUACCGCCUCUGCAAGACGACCAACAUGUCGGCCAGCCACGCCGACUUCCACGCCGUCUUUUCGCGCCCCUUUGCCACCGACUGGUGCCUCGAAAACGCCGUCGACUGGCUCACGACGUUUGUCAACCUCUUUACGAUGGAGACCAUGUCGCAGGUGCUGCGGCAGCAGACGUCGAUGCUCUUCACGGUGCCCUGGCUGCUCCAGGGCAGCUACUACGCCUACGUCAUGGCCAUGUUUGGCGAGAUGCUGGGCAAGGACACGCGCCUCUUCUUCUACUUUGCCAUCGGCGCCCUCAACUGGGCGUCGUGGUCCUACCUCUCUCCGUUUGUCGCGGGCAUCUUUCUCGCCGAGCUCGACGUGUCCGGCCGGUUCGCGCGGCUGCUCCGUCCCGUCGGCGGGCCCGAGACCAAGGUGCCGGCCUUCUUCCGGGCUCUGGCGAGCUCCAACGUGCUCGGCUUCUACGCGCAGCUCGUGUCGGCGGCGGGAAUGGGCCUGAUGCUCUUCCUGCCGAGCGUGCGCGACAACACGACCGAGGCGCUGUCGCAGCUGCACACCCUCAACCCGCCCUUCUCCAAGGACUUCUGGUCCGGCUACGAUAUGGUGCGCUUCGCCGACCUGGCCGCGGCCUUUUUCCUCGUCGCCCUCGUCGACAUGACGCCCGUGCUGCGCUACGUCUUCAACCUGCGUCCCAUCUCGCUGCUGGGCCAGCACCUCUCCGCGGGCAUCACCGUCAUGCAUCCAAUCGUCUUUUGGAACAUUGUCCCGCGCCUCGUCUCGAUGCCGAGCGAGGCGGACCGCGCCAUGGGCAAGGGCACGUCGUCGACGGUCGCGACCGUGUGGAUCGUCUGCCUGGCCAUCUCGACGGCCCUUGCCGUCCUGUUCCGCCUGCUCCUCGAGUACCCCUCGAGCCUGCUGGGCGAGCUGUUUGUCGCCCUCUGGUUCGGCAAGGGCAAGUACCUGCUCAACCCGAGCAGCGUCAACCGGUCUUCUCCCCGGUAG